AUGGGAUCAAAAGACUCUGGAUCCAACCUCGACGCCAUUGCGACCAUGGGCCCCGCAGACCUCGAACUGGCCCCAAUCAGCCUUCCCAGCAAGAAAGAGGAUCCAUUCCUAGUAGCAUUUGCGGAGCCUUUCGAUGCAGAAAAUCCCAAAGACUGGCGCACAGGUCGCAAAUGGGCUGUCACGGACGUGCUCUCUGCGACAGGCUUCAACCGUAUAAUGGUAUCCACCAUUAUGGCCCCAGCAUUAUCGACAAUAGCCAAGGAAUUCGAUAUGAGUUCUGCUGAAUCAGCCAUGGCUCUGUCAAUCUACCUCUUGGCCACUGCGUUUGGUCCUCUGGCUAUUGGGCCCCUUUCGGAAGUGUAUGGUCGCAAGCCGAUUCUGCACGCCUCUAGCCUAUGGUUCUUAGUGUGGAACGUUGCGUGUGGGUUUGCGAAUAGCAAGGGGAUUCUAAUUGCGUCGAGAUUCUUCGCUGGACUUGGUGCUAGUGCUAUUUAUGCGCUGGCGAGUGGUGUUCUGGGGGAUGUGUGGCGACCAGAGCAGCGUGGUAAGUCUCUGGGUGUUUAUCUGCUUAUUCCCCUGCUGGGAGCAGCUGUCGGUCCCAUUAUUGGAGGUUUUAUGGCCGAGCGCACCACUUGGCGAUGGAUGUUCUGGUCGACAUCAAUUUUCCAAUGCGUGAUGAUCUUGGUCUCAUUCACUUCCUUCCAUGAGACAUACGAACCGAUAAUCCUACGACGUCGAGCGGAGCGCCUUCGAAAAGAAACCGGGGACUCGCGAUACUACACUGUAGAUGAGCGUUUUAACGCGAACAGAUCACCUGUCAAAGUCCUGGGAAGAGCACUAUCUCGCCCACUCCGGCUUUUGGCCUUCCACCCUAUCAUUCAAAUUGCCUCGCUCAUCUCUGCAUUCUACUAUGGCAUCUUAUAUAUUGUCCUGUCCACCUUCUCUGAUCUAUGGACUAAGCAAUACAACGAAUCUAUCGAGAUCAGCGGAUUGCACUACAUCGCAGUUGCCUUUGGUGAAAUUGCCGGUAGUCAAGUCUGUGCUAAGCUCAUGGACAGCCUAUACCACCGACUCAAAACCCGUGCGAAUGGAGAGCACAGUCCUGAGCUCCGAAUACCUUCUAUUUUUCCAGGGGCUCUUCUUGGUCCUUUAGGUUUGUUCCUAUACGGCUGGGCAGCUCAUUAUCGCUUGCAUUGGAUUAUUGUUGAUAUCGGUGCGUUUAUCACCAUGCUUGGAAUGCAAAUUACCAGCAUGCCGUUACAGGCCUAUGUGAUGGAAGCGUACCCGGAGCACACGGGGAGCUCAGGUGCUGCCAGCCAGUUCAUGAGGAGCAUCACGGCCUUUGUGUUCCCACUUUUUGCGCCGACUAUGUAUGAAAAGCUCGGGUAUGGCUGGGGAAAUACAACAAUUGGAUUGAUUGGUUUAUUUGUUGGGCUACCGGCUCCAUUGAUUAUCUGGUACUACGGUGCAAAGUUGAGAUCAAAGGCAGGAGUGGUUUAUUAG